UCUAGUUUCUCUUUUUCGGGAAUAAGUGGGUCUACGACUGUAUGUAACCCUAAGACCCUUUGAAAAAUCUCUAAAUCGUUUGCCUUUUGGGCGCGAAGAUCUGUGAGACAUCCGAUGAAGACGGUGACCGGAAGAGUCAUCAGCGCUGAGCCCAUCUCCGUCGCCAAAGCGGCGUCGAUUCUCUCCAGGUUCGCUUCCUCCGAGCAUGGCGCGACGCAAGCCGUAAGCGCGUACCUCCGACGCGCCUCCGCGGCCUUCAACGAGCUGAAGUGUCUUCACAGGGACCUUAAAACUUCGACCUUGAACAAGAAGAAACCUAGAUCCGAUGCUACGCUGGAGCGCAACCGGACCCAUGAAUCUGGCGAACCGGGUCGAUCCGGCGAGGUGAAGAAGAAGCAUAAGAAGAAGGAGAACGAGAGUGGAAAAGUUGGUGAAUUCGUUGAAAACGGUGGGGAAAUUGGUGGAAGCGAAAGUGAGACCGUGAGGGAGGGGGAGCCGGGUCAUGAACGAGUACAGGUGAGUCAAGGACCGAGUCAGGAUGGAGAGAGUGAGAGGAAGGAGGGCAAGAAGAAGAAGAAGAAGAAAAACAGAGAGCAUGAUGAAAAUGUUGGUGAUGGAGAAGUAACAACGAAAGUUAAAUCAGAAGACAAUCAUAGGAAGGAGGAGAAAAAUAAGAAGAAGAGGAAGAGUGAUGGAGAAAUGGGAUCUGAAGAGAAGAAGAACAAAAAGAAGAAAAAGGCAAGUGAAGCAAGAGAGCUAUUCAACAAAGAAGAAUUCUGACAUCCUCUGCAGCUAGCAGGUUUUUGGAAGUUGGGAGAACUCAAGCUUUGGACAGUGAUGCAGAUGGUACUCUUGAGUCGAGCCGAAGAAUCUGAAAAAUCUUGAAUUCGGGAAAAAGAAAACGAACAAGAAUUCUUGGAGAAGGAAGAUAGUUUUCAGCAUUUUGGCAAAUCUG